AUGGGAUUUGCUAAGUUGGCAUUACCAUUGACGAAGCUUACUCGGAAAGAAGUUGCUUUUGAGUGGGAUUCUGAGUGCUUAGGUGGGGUGUUGAUGCAAGAUGGCCAAGUCGUAGCUUAUGCGUCUCGGCAGUUGAGAUCUCAUGAAGAUAAUUAUUCGACCCAUGAUCUUGAGCUUGCUGCAAUAGCUAAUAAAGUGGCAGAUGCCUUGAGUAGGAAAGAGAUUCGAGUUGCAGAAUUGAUGAUGUUAGAACACGAAUUGUUGGAGAGGUUCUUAAACCUUAACCUUCAAUUCGAGUGGACGCCCAAUGGUGUAUUGAUUAGUGAUUUGAGUGUUCUUAAUGAGUUGCGAGAAAGGAUUCGAGUAGCUCAAGAAUAUGAUGAGCAAUUGCAAGCAAGUGAGAACAUGCCUGAUUUUGUUAGAGCACCUGAUGGAGUUCUUUUGUUUAAGCAGAGAGUAUGCAUACCAGAUGAUUCUGAACUGAAGCGAUUGAUUCUCGAUGAGGCACAUAAGAGUUAA